AUGUCACCAAAUAGGUUGCCACGACGAGCCAUGGUUACCGAGGUGGGUACUGAGUGGAAAGAGUUAAGAGUAGCCAAACUACAACCUGAUAGAACUUUGCGAUCCACUGUCCAACUUUCCGCUCCUGUAUUUGAUGAUGUUGGCCGCAACGAGUUAUCCCCACGUUUGAAUGGGAUAAACGCUAUCAGGCGACCUCUCGAUGAGGGGUCUCGUCUCGGUCUGCGACGAAUCGAUCGGGCCGUAGUAGCAGAGACCAACGUAGCUCCCCGAAUAACCAGUGCCACUACCGCUGCUUUUAACUCUGCACCGGCUCAGGCCACACACGACAGCCUUGUGUCCUCGGAUUCGCCGCACCUACCCCUCGUGUUCAUCCUGGUCGUUGUCAUAGUCUGUGUGGCUAUAUUUAUUAUUCUAUUGGUUUCGGCUUCCCAGGAUGAUACACGAACAUCACCCCAGUCUCUACGGUUCGGAUCCAAGGUUCAUUGGUCUGAUUUGCUCGUGAAUAAACAACAAGACGAAAACAUUUUGGUGUGNUAUCAGAAGCAUGGUAGUCGAUCUGCUCUAGCCAGACGACCGGACCCCGAGACGAAUCAGGUGAUUGAGGACAAGGAAUCGGCUGAGGAAAAUCUAACCAACUCCAGUGGGCUGGGUGCAUCAUCAAAACCGCAAACAGUUGGACACGGAGAAGGACCCGAGGCUCCAAUCGAACAGGGUCAGACUGUCGCAAGCAGACCACUUUUGAAGCCGUGCUACGGUUGUUUGGAUUGUUGCCUUCCAACCGCGGUCCGUGCGCGUGCUGCCACCGAUUUGGCUGUGCUUCAGUCCACCACGGCCGCUUGUCCUAGUUUAGAUGAUUCUGAGCUGGACACCAGCACGGCAAAGAUCGGUUCGUUGCCCUCAUGUGCUACGCCGGUUCCCAUUCCGUUUGGCAAACUCAAAUCCGCACCGCACAGUAUUACGGAUCUCUCAUGUGCUGAGCCGUCCGUAUCUCCGUCGCUCGCUUCUCGUCGACGCGCUGUCCCACCGCCUCCUUUGUUGCACACCGCGAUGCCGUCAAUUCUCACACCCAGUCCCCCCAUUCAGACGAGAGCUAUUCCAGUUCAACCGUCAAAAAAUUCACAGUAUCGUCCUGGAUCUCCCAGUGAAGCUGAUUGGUUGAAUCAUUCUGAAUGCCNNAAUGCCCUGUCUCCACUACGGGACCGGACCCGACGUGGAUCGCAUACCUCACUCACUUUAUCCUUGUCCCCAUCUGUCGAGACCCCACUGGCUCCUUGUUCUGCUGGUUUGAUCUCGACUGAUCAUGAUGCUCCUCUUGCUGCGACCAGUUUGGAUGAAACUAGUGUCUGCGUCGGAUCUGAAAUGGCUCUGCUUGCGGAUUCGCGAUUAAGUUCAGCUGCCGUUCAUUCAGGGGGUCAAUUCUGUCCAUCUCAGCUAGCUGAAUCGUCAUCUGACUCAGCCGUGGUUCUAGCGGACCCCGAGCCAUGCGUGCACGAUACACAGCACGCACAAGAUCCAUCGUCUGAGGAGUUGAAAAACUCUAAUGACCGAGGGCCUAGUUCGUCACCACACGGGAACGACUCGCGUGAUCCGUUGGUUGAUCCGAUCACUCAGCGACUAGCUCAUCCACUGUGUCAUUACUAUCAUCAUCAUCAUCACCAUCAUCAUCAUCACCAUCAUCAUUACCAUCAUCAUCACCAUCGGCAUCAUCAAUUUCAUGGAACUUAUUGUCGAACGGAUAACAAUUUGCCUUGUCCACACGGCAGUCAAUCAUGUCAACGCAGUCGAGAUGUGGAACAGCUGAUGAAUGCAUCCCAACCGAUGACGUGCGAAGAAAUGCUGGCCAAAUUACGGGAUAACGCGUCUUCUUUGUCCGCAGAAUUCUGGAAUAUACCAAUGAAUCAUGCCAGCAAGAAGGACCUACCUAUUUCGGGAAUCGGACAGAAAAAUCGAUACCAGUCUAUUCUUCCAAACUUCGCAACGCGCGUGGUUCUACCCACAAUCAACAACGAUCCGGCCACCAGUUACAUUAAUGCAAAUUACAUUCGAGGAUACGCCGGUCAGCCGAAUGCGUUCAUUGCUACUCAAGGCCCCAUGUCCCAUACUGUGGGUGAUUUUUGGCGCAUGGUAUGGCAUUCCCGUGCCCCAGCGAUUGUGAUGAUAACCAAAUUGGUGGAGAAGCGCGAUAUCAAAUGUGAGUUGUACUUACCAAAUAGCCCAAUGGAUGAGGCUUUGUCCGCCGUGCAAAUUACUCCUGUGUCCAGUGUCAGUCAAACGGGCAGUAGCUUCAGCAGUAGUAGCCCACUGUCAUCCGUUUCACACUCGGUCUCGAUAACGGAGUCGAGCGGUGGAGUAUCGCAUCCGGUAAAACGUUCCGGCUGUCUCAGUGAUAGCGGUGUGACCAGUAUGGAGGAACGAUGGGAUACGCUGGGUUUGAAACCGGUGGACGAGGAGGAUUCGGAACCGAAACCGACCGAUUGUUCCAGUCCGGAUUCCAGUCAUUCAAUGGCCUUGACCGGUUCCUCGAAUACGUAUGGUGAUAUUCAUGUUCUGGUCGAGUCCGUGCAACGCUGUACCGGUUACUCUGUGCGUCAGCUUCGAUUACGUGUAGCCGUAGUCAUUUUGAAGGGCAUGGUCACUUCUGUAAAUCCGACUGGAAUGGUUGCAGUCCGUAAUUCAGAGGAGCGUCGUGUGACUCACUUUUGGUAUACCGCUUGGCCGGAUCACUCCUCGCCAGAAACCUCCCCAUCUUCCGCGCGUCAGCUUUUACAACUAGUCCAGGAUGCGGAAGCCUGUCGUCGUGAUUUUCCUUCUACUUCACUUGGAUCUCAACCUUCCCUAUCCAUCCCUCCUCUUGGCGCCCCCGAAACGGCUCAGCAACCGCAGCAGUUUCCGGUGAAAGCCGUAGCAACACGAUUGGCUGGCCUAUCUCCGCGCAGGACUGCCGGUAUUUUUACCGCUAUGACGACAACUGUUGAUACAUCUCCUGAUGGUAGUGGACCAAUUGUUGUUCAUUGCAGUGCUGGUCUAGGCCGAACCGGUUGUUUCAUUGCAUUGUGCAUUGGCUGUGAGCAGUUGCGUCGGGAGGGAAUGGCAGACAUUCUCCAAAUUACCGUGGCCCUCAGUCUGGAUGGAAAAUUUACCCAGGGCUGUGAGGCAGAUAGGCGCACGAGAGAUGCGCAUGCAUAUACACGCACGGUUGUGGUUACUCUGGACAAUCCACACGCCUGCUACUCGCCACGCUCUGAUUUGAUCAAUAUCGACCCACCGUGA